AGGGCCGGGUAGGCCGGCAGGGGUAGGGGCGGUGGAGGCGGACGGGGGCUAGACAAGCACGCCGAGUCCCCCCCGACCUCCCCCGUCGAUGGCGCUGCCCCUGCCCUUCUGCGGCGAAGGGCGGCGGGAAUCGCCACGGCCGGCGAACUCGGCGCGUUCCGGGGGCAGGGCCGAAGCCGCUGCCCCCCAUUCCCGCCCCUGUUAUGAAACCUCGGGGGAGGGGCCAGUGCCGGCCGCCGGCCGCGGCAGCGCCGGGAGAGCGGAGGCCGCGGGAGCGCAGUGGUCAGACAGAAUGGCUCCAGUGAACCAGCCAAAGGACAAGAAGCGUGAGAGGGCAUGUCAGCAUUGGCCAGAAGAGGCAAAAUCAGCUGGGAAGAGGAAACGGGACUAUGGAGAACGAGGGAAUGAAAAACAAGAAAAGAAGUUGUUUGUGAGAAAAACAUCUAAACCCUCAGGGAAAAUCGGUUGCAGUGGAGGUGGGUUUGUGAUGAGAAACAAGAGAGUCCUUUCCUCUCAGCUGGAGCGGCGAUGCAGCAUUGUUCAUUAUGUCUACCAGAAAAUGCUGGGAGGCUCCAUUCAGGCACAGCUCAGGCAGAGAUUGGAGCUGGCUUUUCUGCAUUCUCUUUCCUCAUACUGCCUCUUCCGAAGAGCAAGUCCCUUUGACAGGAGAGUGACAUGUCUGGAAUGGCACCCAACACACCCCAGUACGCUAGCUGUCGGUUCCAAAGGUGGAGACAUCAUCCUUUGGGACUGUGAAGUACUUGCUAAAACCUGCUUCAUAAAGGGGAAAGGGCCAGGAAAUUCUCUCGGAGACAUCAAGUUCAGUCCUUAUGAGGCAGAGAAGCUUUAUGUGGCAUCAGGUGAUGGCACCCUAAGUCUGCAGGAUCUUGAGGGCAGAGCGGUGCAGGUGAUCUCUCGUGCCCUGGACUGUGGCCAUGAGCAUCAUAAUGUUUGUUGCUGGUACUGCAGUGUGGACGUUUCUGCAAGCUGCCAUGCAGUGGUGACAGGUGAUAAUGUGGGCAAUGUGGUCCUGCUCAGCACUUCUGGUGAAGAGGUCUGGAAGCUGAAAUUGCACAAGAAGAAAGUGACUCAUGUAGAGUUUAACUCCCGAUGUGAGUGGAUGUUUGCCACAGCAUCUGUGGAUCAGACAGUCAAAAUCUGGGACCUCAGAAACAUCAAAAACAAAACAAACUUUCUUCAUCUGCUUCCACAUGAGAAACCUGUCAAUGCAGCUUACUUCAGCCCAACACAUGGUGCCAAGCUUCUGAGCACAGACCAGCACAAUGAAAUCAGGGUUUACUCAUCUUCAGACUGGACCAAGCCACAGCAUCUGAUUCCACAUCCACAUAGGCAGUUUCAGCACCUCACACCUAUUAAGGCGACGUGGCAUCCUCGCUAUGACCUCAUAGUGGUAGGUCGCUACCCAGACCCCAAGUUCCCCGGGUACACACUGAACGAGCUGCGCACUGUGGAUGUGUUCGAUGGAAACACCGGCGACAUGGUGUAUCAGCUCUAUGAUCCAAAUGCCUCUGGGAUCAUCUCGCUCAAUAAAUUUAACCCUAUGGGAGACACACUGGCUUCUGGCAUGGGCUUUAAUAUUCUGAUCUGGAACCAGGAGGAGAUGGCAGCCAAGAAGCAUGAACAUCUCUUGAAAGCCAUGACAAACGAGGAGCUUGAACCAUGAGAGAACAGGGGAUUGGGAGCUGGAGUUCAUCCAGACAUGGAGGGCAGAGGCAGGCAAAUCCUGGCACAAGCAAACUCAAAAGCUAAGUUAAUGUCUGGGGAGCUGCAGGAGAUGAAAACAAAAAGCAGUGAUUCUAAACCGCAGGGAAGGAAGUAAAAAGAGGCGAAUCUAGAGAACUGCUUCAGUAUUUUGAUCCUUUCUGAAUCCCAGCAUACAAAUUGUUGGCAAUGGGAGUAUUAAGUCAUGCAGGGAAUUAGACUUUGUCCUUCCUCCCCGGAUCUGAUGUUGCUUCCCUGAUCCUCUUGGCCUCCCUUUCUAGAAAGUUAUGUCAGUACUUGGUUCCUCCAAGUGGAGUUACUACUCGUUUUCUGAGGCACUAGGAGAAGUUCCCAGAUCUUGCUGAAGUUACUGCUUUCAGCCUACCAUAUCUGUUUGUCAUCACUUGUCAGAGGUUCCCAUUUCCUGUAGUCUGCAGUGGAGCAGCUCAUGACAGGGUCCCCAGCUUGUUCUAGUCCAACCAAGCUGAGAAACCAUUUGCUAACAGGAUUGACAUCCUGAAAAGAUAGAAUGUUCACAGGGGUGAAUUCAUGGAUAGCUUGGGUAUCCUAGGAAACACCAAGCUCUCCCAUAUGCAAGCUUGGAAAAUGUGUUGGUUAAAACACCAGGCUUAGCCUGUUCUCUGCUUGCAGCUGAACCACAAAGAACGGGAUGCCAGAGGUCUCUGUCAUUGAUGGCAAGGACAGUAUGGAGCUGGGCACCUACUGAUUCUGUAGUUUCUAUUUUCAGAGUUAUAGGCUGUUUCUUGCCAAUGAUUAGGCAUUUUUUUUCACCUAUGCCUAUGUGCUUCAGAAUAUUUGGUAAGAGCGUUAUAAAACAAAUGAGGGUUUUCUUCCAGAUACCCCUGCUCAGAGCCAAAUCUCAAGACUGUUGUUAAAGGGUUAAGUUUUGCUUUUUCUACUUUGUUUACAAGGCUGCUGCUGUUCCAGAGGUUGAUGGGAUGGGAUGGGCUCCAGGCCUGUGCAGAUUCUUCACAUUCACAUUUAUAGUUUUGCAAUAUUAAUAUCAAUAAAAUUUUGUACUAAACUAAAAUUCUUUGAUAGAGUGGCUGCUUUGAGGAUACUACUGAACUGCCUUCACAGGGGAGAAGUCUGAAACCUUUCUACAGGAGGGCUAUGAGACAUAGUACUGGGUCUGCAGCAGACCCCUCCAAGUUGGACAGGAUGCAUCAUCAGCUGUAUCCCUUAAUAGCUGCUGCAGUCAAACCAGUUUAUGUCAGAUCUCCCUGUGUGAUGUGUGGGAUUGUGAAACAGGGAAUUCCUUUAGGGGGGUAUGCUGCAGUAAAUUCUCUCUGCUUUCCAACACUGAGCACAGUGGUGCUAACCCUGUGAACUCCUAGAGAAGAGGAGAAGAGUUC